AAAUCCAUAUUAAAAAGCGUUUUAAAAUGUCUAAUUACAUGGGUGUUUGAGUCGACUGGAGUUGGCACUGAGCAGAAAAAGGCAAAAAUUGUUCUGGCUUGACUGUUUUAUACUUCCGAGUAGGUUUACAAAAACUAUGAAGAAAUAAAAGAUCUGUACCAUUUACAACAUCUAAAGCAAACGUUGAAUGAAGAAAGUGGAAAUGUUGCGUAAGAAGCUGGUGAUUUCACCAAGAACCAGGAAAUUGUAAUAACCUUUUAAAUUCAUUAGUUAAAGUUUUGCUCGUGCUUUUGAUUUAGCCCAGAGGCACAAAUGUGGAAAUAAUUUUUGCAGUAUGAGUUGAUUUUGGAAUAAUACUUGAGGAAAAAAUAUAUAUUUAAUGUUGAAUUUAUGUUAAGUAAUCAUGGGAAUGUCUUUGAAAGCCUAUCAUUUGUCUGGAAUGUAAAUCUUCUACUGGACCCACUGGACUUGAGUUCUUGCAAAACGGAAGGGGAAGUUCACAUACAGGAAACAGAUGAAAGGGCUGACACGAUUUCAUGCAGCUGGCGAUUUGACCACAGGGGAGAAAACGGCCACAGUCAUUAUCUUUAUUCUGUUGUUUUGCAAGGAAAUCGAUGCACUUGUUAAUUAUUAUACUCAAGAAUGUUUUAGCUUUGGGGGAAAAAAAAUCAUUUUGGUGGGCGUUUAUAAAUUAUUUGAUGCUCAUUUUCUGAAGAAAAAGGUUGACAAUGUAAGCGGUUUCAUAACAGCUUGUAACCAAGUGGUGGUCUGAAAGGUGCAAAGAGAUGAAAGAUCAAAGUUCGGUCAAUAUGACGAGCUGGAGGUUUUAAUGACUCAGUGGUAGAUUUGGUCAGAGUCACGCAUUCCUCUGCUCCUUUGUGAACGAGAAGCCAGACAAGAGCUGUUUUCUGGCACCAAAAUCCAAAGUUCAGACGGAACAAUGGAUCUCGGUCUAGCUGAGGACCACUUCUCAAGACCUGUGGGGUCCUUUGUAGCCUCCGACAUUGAGCAACUGAAGGUGGCCAUUGACGAGUGUAAGAAGCUGAUCUUGGAGCUGCCGGAGCACUCAGAAAGACAAAAGGACACGGUGGUGAAACUGAUUCAUCUUCGGCUCAAGCUGCAGGAAUUGAAGGAUCCCGAUGAGGACGAGCCAAAUCUGAGAAUGGUUCUAGAACACCGAUUCUCCAAGGAAAAGAGCAAGAGUGUCAAAUAUACAUGUGACAAAUGUAGUACCAUCAUCUGGGGCCUCAUCCAGACAUGGUACACCUGCACAGGUUGCUAUUACCGCUGCCAUAGUAAGUGUAUGAACCUGAUCACUAAGCCCUGUGUGAGGUCGAAGGUCAGCCAUCAGUCAGAGUAUGAGCUCAGCAUCUGUCCCGAGAUCGGACUGGACCGCCAAGACUAUCGUUGUGCAGAAUGCCGUUCACCGAUUUCACUGAGGGGUGUACCAAGUGAAGCCAGACAAUGUGACUACACUGGCCAGUAUUUCUGCAGUGCCUGUCACUGGAAUGACACGGCCAUCAUCCCGGCACGAGUCAUCCACAACUGGGAGUUUGAACCACGCAAGGUUUGUCGAUCCUCACUGCGCUACCUGGCCUUGAUGUUGUCACGGCCCGUGCUGAAGCUGAAAGAAAUCAACCCACUGCUUUUUAACUUUGUCGAGGAACUGGUUGAGAUUAGAAAACUGCGUCAAGAUAUUCUACUGAUGAAACCAUAUUUUAUUACCUGCAAGGAGGCCAUGGAGGCGCGACUUCUACUCCAGCUUCAAGACCGCCAGCACUUUGUGGAAAACGAUAACAUGUACUCACUCCAGGAUUUGAUUGACAUCUCCAGUGGGCGACUCAGCUGCUCUCUUACAGAAGUCCACACUACCUUCGCAAAACACAUCAAACUGGACUGCGAUCGUUGCCAAGCCAAAGGCUUUGUAUGCGAGCUGUGCAAGGAGGGGGACAUCCUCUUUCCUUUUGACAGUCAUACCUCCGUUUGCCAUGACUGCUCAGCCGUCUUCCACAGAGAUUGUUACUAUGACAACUCAACAACGUGCCCACGGUGUGCCCGAAUGAGUGAGCGGAAGCAGGAUGAAGACACAAAAGAUGCAUGAAGGAAUUUGCGAUAACGCUUCUGUGGAUACCGUUGUCAACAAAGAGGAAACCCAGUAGGGUAGCAAUUCCUGCGUUGCUGUCAUGAUCAUCUUGCACUUUGCACGCAGGUGUUCAAAGCCUCAAUUUUAUGUUACGUAACAAGUCCUGCAAAUGACAAACGGAAAUGUAAAGAUGAAGAUGCUACAGAUCCAGUGCUGGUCCAGCUGUUUAACAUGAGGCAAAAUUGAUGCAUUUUUCACAUUCAAAGUUACAGGGUUGUUUAUCCGUCAUUCCCCAGUGUAUAACUUGAAUUGUAAUGCAUAUAUAUAUAUAUAUAGUAUGGUAUAAAUGUGCGCGUUUAUGUAAAGAUAGUGUUGACUUUCAUUCUAAUUGAUGAAUUAAUUCCAGAGAAAUGUACCCGAGUGCAUCAAACCCAGUAUAUGUGAAAUAUUAGAUUAUAUGAGAUUGUCAGGUUACAAGGAGCUCUUAACCAAACAUCAUAAUACAGUUGGCAAUGUGUUAAUGAUUUUUUAAAAAUCAUAAUAUACCGACAGCACAUUUUGUCCAAAGGAUGUCAGAAUACACCUUUGACAAUGUGUAAAUGUUGAUUUUAAUAUUUGUUUUAAAAUAAUGACUCUUUGCUGUGUUAUUUUUCAGCAUGAUGCACUGUUUAUUGUUUUCCCUCAAACCAAUGGACAUCAGUGGUGUCAGUGAAACCUAUUCUGUUGUAAUAAAUAAAAUAAAAAUAAAAAAAACAAGUGAUGCAUGAAUAAAAGACUAUA